CAACGCGUGACAACGAACACAAAAAAAAAUCACUGUCAUCCGUGCUGUCAUUAGCUUUUCUUCGUGUUUUCGCUCUGUGGGUCAUAUGACAUCAAGGGAUCAAGUGACUGACUGAUUGUGUAUUCUGCGAGGAAAAACUCGGAAAAACUCCCCCAGCAGCCAACACCAGCCAAGAUGCGAUACACUCUCGGUUACUCCUUCACGGGCGCCCUGGUCUCGGUGUCAACAGUGUUGAUCCUGUACCACGUCCUGACGGGCAAGGGCGAACGUGUCAGCGUCGGAUGGUUCCUGGAGGAGACGUCGCCCUACAUGUGGGCCACCCUGGGCAUCGGAUUUGCCGUGGCCCUGUCCGUCGUCGGAGCGGCCAUGGGUAUCCACACGACCGGAGUGAGCAUCGUCGGCGGUGGUGUCAAGGCCCCCAGGAUCAAGACCAAGAAUUUGAUCUCGGUUAUCUUCUGCGAGGCGGUUGCCAUUUACGGUCUGAUCACGGCUAUCGUCCUGUCCGGUAUGUUGGAAAGCUUCUCCUGGGGUACGAUUAUGGCCAAUGAGAACGUCCGGUACAACAACUGGUUCUCCGGUUAUGUAAUGUUCGGGGCUGGUCUGGCCGUCGGUCUGGUUAAUCUGUUCUGCGGUAUCGCGGUCGGCAUUGUGGGAUCCGGAGCGGCUCUGGCCGAUGCUGCCAACUCGGCCCUGUUCGUCAAGAUUCUCAUCGUGGAGAUCUUCGGAUCGGCCAUCGGUUUGUUUGGACUGAUUGUUGGCAUCUACAUGACCUCCAAGGUUAAGAUGGGAGACAAGGAGUAAGCUUUAGGAAAUUGGAUUCAUGAUACGUACGAUCCAAAAGUUGGAAAGUAUUACUUGCAAACAAGAACAAGCAGUUACAGUCACUCAUUUAGGAACCAACAGCACAGAUUAAUCAAGGGCCAUUCCAAAUCAACUUAAUAUCUAUAUGUAGUAUGCAAAGACUCAUACCAACCGUAAGUCGAUGUUCUAUAUUUUACACAAACGUCCCAGCCAAAACAACAAAAAAAGCGAUUGAGACAAAUAUUUUCUUUUCUUUCUCUGAUUCUGGAGAGCACUAUUAUGAUAUGUAAAUUGGUAAAUAUUGUUUUGUUUACAUUGUUUUGUUUUAGUGAAUAAUGCCGUAAAUAUUCGAACAAAUUUGUCCGUCUAUUGAAGCAUACAUUAUCAACAAGCUUCUAUUACCGUUAGUUCUCGUAUAUACCUAUGUAGGUGGUGAAAAAUGCAAAAACUUCAAUCCAACAUGAAUAUGUAACGAACGCGAAAGUUUGAAAGUCAUCGUUUGAAAUAAACGUAGUGUUACACUACCCCACCAGAA